UUGAAUACAUAGAUAUAUAUUAUUUUAAUUAUUAUCUAUUUUUUGCCUCAUUUUCACGUCCCUGCGUCAUGACGUCAGACGUAUGAAAGUGCGUAGUGACGCUCCUGAGUUUUCCCUCCUCGUUGACGAAGCUAAAUGUUUAGCUAAAGAUACUUUUAUCUUCGUACAUUUUGGACUCCAGAGCUCUAACAUUACGGGAGAAAGGUCCACAAACAACCGAACAUCCAUCACAUCGUUGUGAAAGACCACCUAUGCCGGCCUGCUAGCAGGACAAGAUGUUCAACAAGUCUUUUGGUACUCCCUUCGGGGGAGGGACGGGGGGCUUCGGCGCCGCUUCCACCUUCGGACAGCAAAACGCGGGUUUUGGGACGACGGGAGGCUUUGGGACGUCAGCGUUCGGGGCGGCCGCCAACACUGGAGGACUGUUCGGUCCCGCUCAGGCUAAACCUGCAGGUGGUCUUUUUGGAGCUAGCACCUUCAGCCAGCCUCCAGCCUCCUCCGCUGCCACAGGUUUCGGGUUCGGAGCAGCGGCCGCCGGCGGCACCGCCACGAGCCUGUUCGGAAACACCGCCACGGGAACCACCGGGGGACUCUUCUCUCAGCCGAGCAAUGCCUUCGGGGCCAGCAAACCCACCUCGUUCGGAAAAGUCUCCCUCCCAUCGUGUCCUCCAGGCUUCGGGACCAGCGCCGCCAGUGGAGGGCUGUUCGGGUCCACAGCCGCCGCCGCCUCCAAUCCCUUCGGAGGGAGCGCCGUGUCCUCUCUGUUCGGGGGGGCGGGCUUCACCGCCGCUCAGCAGCAGCAGCAGCCGGGAACCACCGUCAAGUUCAACCCUCCGACAGGAACUGACACGAUGGUGAAGGCCGGCGUGACGACGAGCAUCAACACCAAGCACCAGUGCAUCACGGCCAUGAAGGAGUACGAGAACAAAUCCCUGGAGGAGCUGCGUUUCGAGGACUACUCGGCGGGCAGGAAGGGACCCAGCAACCCGAUGGCAGCGCCGACGGGCGGUUUGUUCGGGACACCGGCCGCCGCCACGCCCAGCGCCGCCACCGGGCUGUUCGGAGCCGCCGCCGCCAACACAAACUUCUCCUUCGGACAGAACAAGAGCACCUUCGGGGCCACACCGGCUGCCGGGGGGUUCGGAGCGACGGCCGGCGGUCUGUUCGGGCAGCAGCAGGCGGCUCAGCAGCAGCAGCAACAGCAGCAGCAGCAGCAGCAGCAGCAGGCGCAGCAGGCGGCAGCGGCCAGUAGCCUCUUCAAACCCUUCGGAGCGACCACCACCACCCAGAGCUCCGGAUUCUCCUUCGGAAACACCAACACCAUGGGCCAGGCCAACACCAGCAGCAUCGGUCUCUUUGGGAACACGGCGGCUCCUCAGCCCACCGGCUUGUUCGGCGCCGCUCAGCCCAGCGCCGCGGCCACCGGCUUCGGGACGGCCACCGGACUCUUCGGACAAACCAACACCGGGUUCGGGAACGUCGGCACACAGCAGAGUUUAUUUGGUAAUAAGACGGCAGGGUUCGGGACCACCACCACCAGCGCUCCGUCCUUCGGCACUGGCACCGGGCUGUUCGGAAACAAACCAGCUCUCACACUGGGGGCGGGAACCAACACCUCCACCUUCGGGUUCGGUGCCAACCCGGCUGCUGGGGGUCUGUUUGGGAACAAACCGGCCACCGGAGGACUGGGAGCUGCUCUGGGAACCAGCUUCGGAGCAGCAGUGCCAGGACAGACCUCUCUGUUCGGGAACACUCAGGGUAAACUGGGCACCACUCUGGGAACGAUGGGAGCGUUCGGAGCGUCGGCGUUCAACACCGGAGCGACUUCGAUGGGCUUCGGAGCGCCACAGCAGGCCGUCGCGCUGACGGACCCCAGCGGCGCGGCGGCCCAGCAUGCAUUGCUGCAGCAGCAGCUCAGUGUUCUGGCGUAUUCUCCGUACGGAGAUUCUCCUCUGUUCAGAAACCCGCUGUCGGACCCCAAGAAGAAGGAGGAGCGUCUGAAACCGACCAAUCCCACGGCCCAGAAGGCUCUGACCACGCCCACUCACUACAAGCUCACCCCCCGUCCGGCGACACGCGUCCGGCCCAAAGCUUUGGGUUCUUCGGGGGCUUCAAAGUCUCAGCUGUUCGACGGGCUGGACGACGACGAGCCGUCGCUCACAAACGGGGCGUUCGUUCCCAGGAAGAGCAUCAAGAAGCUGGUCCUGAAGAACCUGAACAGCAGUCAGUACAGCAGCCCUCUGAGCAAGGAGAUCGACGACCUGGCCUCGCCCCCCGAGUACCCUCACAACGGGCACAGCAGUCAUGUGGAGGACGAGGAGGAGAUGGCGGGUCUCAGCAGUCGAACAGAAGAGGAUCCAGAAGUGUCUCAGUUCUACGUGAACCCGAUCUCUAAGCCGGUCGCUUUCAGCCCCCCCGCGGUGCUGCAGGACACCAUCAGCGAGCUCAACAUGCACAAAGCCGCGCGCAACGGCCUGGAGGUGAGCAGCGAUGACAUCUCAGCGUCUCUGUGUGAGGAGUCUCUGCAGGAGGAACAAGAGGAAGAGCAGCUGGAGCAGCAGCCUCCUCACCCUGCAGGCAUCGUUCUGAACCGCGUUGGUUACUACACCAUCCCCUCCAUGGAGGACCUGGCUGAGAUGGUGGAUGGAAACAGAGACUGCUUGGUGGAGAACUUCACCGUGGGAAGGAAAGGCUACGGCUCCAUCUUCUUCCCCGGAGAGGUGAACGCUUCGGGGCUGAACCUGGACGACAUCGUGCACUUCAGACGCAAAGAGGUCAUCGUUUACCCCGACGACAAGAACAAGCCCGCGGAGGGGGAGGGGCUUAACAGGAAGGCGGAGGUGACUCUGGACGGCGUCUGGCCCAACGAUAAGACGUCGUGCGCUCAGAUCCGCAGCCCGGAGCGUCUGGCGGAGAUGAACUACGAGGGCCGGCUGGAGAAGGCCUCGCGCAGGCAGGGGGCCCGCUUCCUGGAGUACAGGACGGAGACCGGCUCCUGGGUGUUCGAGGUCGCCCACUUCUCAAAGUACGGCCUGCAGGACUCUGACGAAGAGGAGGAAGUGCCGCUCAAAUCUGACCCCAAGAAGCUGAAGACGAUGUCACUUCCUGCCUCGCGUCUGCAGAAGCUGCUCCCCCCCGCCCAGCAGCAGGUAGAGCAGCCUGCCUUCAUCACUCACCAUCAUCAUCCUCAUCAUCACUGACCCAUCAAGCUUUAAAGGAGCAUUUCUUAUUUAUUUUUUUGCAUUUUAAGAAAAUAUUCAUCAAGUAUAACAAAAUGACCACAUCUACGUAUAUAGAUAGAUUAACUACAUAAAAGUUGACAAAUCCUUUUAUUUUGAAAAACAUCUUCACACUGCAGCUUUAAGGAGCCUUUCACUCGUAAUCUGCCGUGCUUUUAUUUUGAAAAACAUCUUCACACUGCAGCUUUAAAGGAGCCUUUCACUCGUAAUCUGCCGUGCUUUUAUUUUGAAAAACAUCUUCACACUGCAGCUUUAAGGAGCCUUUCACUCGUAAUCUGCCGUGCUUUUAUUUUGAAAAACAUCUUCACACUGCAGCUUUAAGGAGCCUUUCACUCGUAAUCUGCCGUGCUUUUAUUUUGAAAAACAUCUUCACACUGCAGCUUUAAAGGAGCCUUUCACUCGUAAUCUGCCGUGCUUUUAUUUUGAAAAACCUCUUCACACAGCAGUUUUAAA